AACACUUUUUCUCCAGCAUGUCUGAAGCGUCUAAGGAGAAACACAGCUUAACAUGAAGUAUUUUCUUUCGUUUUGAGCUUUAAAGUGACUUUGUGUUCCUACAGCAGCUUUCACAUUUAGCCCAGCAUGGACGAACACACUUUAAAGCAGCUGGUGAAGCUCACUCAGGAGGGACAGUUAAGCUCUAUGGAGACUCUGAUACCGUUAGAAGACUCGGCGGCGGUUCAGACUGUCCGCAGCAAACACUUUGGACGGUCGGGGGACACCAUGCUGCACUACGCUGCCAGAAAGGGACACCUGGACAUCGUGGAGUAUCUAAUAAAACGGUUGGGCAUGGACGUGGACGUGUACAACAACGACUACAAGAGGCCGCUGCACGAAGCUGCGUCCAUGAGCCACCGGGCUUGUGUUAGCUACCUGCUCCAGGCGGGAGCUCAGGUGGACAGUCUGAAGAAAGCUGACUGGACUCCUCUGAUGAUGGCCUGCACCAGGAGACACCUCGAUGUGAUCCAGGAGCUGCUGAGCCACGGCGCCGACCCUGCACUGAAAAACAAGGACGGCUGGAACUCCUUCCACAUCGCCUGCAGAGAGGGGGAUCCUCUGAUCGUACAACACCUGCUGCAUCUCGCUCCGGAUGUCUGGGGGACGGAGAGUAAGACACGCAGGACACCACUCCACACUGCAGCGAUGCACGGCUGUGAGGAGGUUGUUCAGAUCUUGUUGGAGAGAUGUGGCUACACCCCAGACAGCACUGACAGCUGUGGAGUGACUCCUUUCAUGGAUGCUGUUAGGAACGGACACAUUUCUGUGGCCAGGCUGCUUUUAGAGAAGCAUCAGGCAUCUCCAACAGCAGCUGACACAAUCGGGGCUCAGCCGGUGCACCAGGUGGCUGUCACCGGCCAGGAGGAGGCGCUGCGAUUCCUGGUGCGGGACCUAACCAUAGAUGUGAAUCAGAGAGCGACUGUGGUCCAGCUCACUGCACUGCAUUAUGCUGCAAAGGAGGGCCACACGUCUGCUAUAAAAACACUGCUAGAGCUGGGGGCAGAUCUGUACGCUCGGGACAAAAAGGGAAGAACUGCUCUUCACAUGGCCUGUAUCGGGCAGCAUGCAGAUGCCACCAGGACACUCCUGCACCUCGGACUCAGAGACUCAGAGGACGCAUCUGGUACAACAGCACGGCAGCAUGCCAAGAAACCGGACGUAGUGCGAGUGUUUGAAUGUGGCGUACCGGACCCAUCAUGAACAAUGUUAUAAUGACACACAACACAGAUUAGCAAUUCACCUGUAAUGUUAAUUUAAAUAAAUUAAAGAACCUGAAACUCACUUAAUUUGGUUUUGUAAAAAUUGAAAAAAAAAUUCUUGACUGUGUAGUGCAUACUUAAGUGACGGAAAAUCAUGACCUCUAUAUUUACUUCAGAUAUGACUUUGGUGCUGGUGGCCUGACUUCGACUGCAAUUUCUUGAAAGGUAAGCAAGCAAGCAAAACUUUAUUUAUAUAGCACAUUUCAUUCCAGGUGGAAGCACAAUGUGCUUCACAAAGUGUGAGGCACAAGUUUCACGCAAAAAUAAAGCUGUCAACUGACCAUAAAAGCAAUGAAAAUCCAUUCAAAAUAAA